AUGGGUUCCCUUCUCAGGAGGCUGGAUAUGCUCCCUUGCACAGAUGAUGGGGGAAGCAUCUCGGAGCUAAAAGACUACAUUCACAGCAUUAGGGAUAAGCUGAAGAAGCUAUCGGAGGUACAGGACCCUCCCCUCACCGUGAAUUACUGGAUGAAACAUGCGCGCGAAUUGUCAUACGACAUAGAAGCAUAUCUCGACGGUUUAGAUGCACAGACGGAAAACAGUCUCAACGAUUCAGAUGCCAAGGAGGGAGACGAUCCCGAUGAUUCAUAUGCCAAGAUGAAAGACUGUAUCGACAAUUCAGAUGACGAGACGGAAUACUCGGUCGAUUAUUCACAAGACGAGAUGGAAGACAAUCCCGAUGAUUCAGAUGCCAACAUGGAAGACCCUAUCGAUGAUGAUUCAGAUGACGAGACGGAAGAGACUGUCGAUAAUUCAGAUAACAGUACGCAAGACUCUAUCUGCAGUUCAGAUUACAAGAUAUCAGGAUUCAGGACUCGUGCCAAGGGAAUGAUUGAUCGGUAUGAAAGGUUCGGUCUUGAUUCCGUUCUCAGUUGUCCUACAGCUGCAACAACUAUAGUAAGCCCUCGUCCCAGUAGGGAUGUGGUCCUUGUCGGCAUGGGCAACCAAAUAACAAAGCUUAUGUCGCUGCUGCAGCCGAAGGAUGAAAAUGAUAAUCAAUUAAAGAUUGUAUCCAUUCUUGGUGAUGAAGGAAUUGGUAAGAGCACGCUUAUCCAAGAAUUAUGGCGUGUAUCAUUUAAAGAAAAAGAAAUAUGGCCUGAACCGCAGUCAGAUGUAAAAAUUAAACGAGCUUUCGUACGGAUGGGUAAAAUGCCUGAUGUGAGGAUGAUUCUUCGAAGCAUACUGUCACAAGUCAGCCUGCAAGAACCAGCCAAAGAUAGUGGGGUGACAAAUCUCAUUCAGGAUAUCAGGAAGCACCUAGAACAGAAGAGGUUUGUCUUAGCCGUAUAUAUCGAUUCACAUGUUGGUUGA